UCAAUAUGGCCGACGAAAUUGUUUUAAAUUUUCGCGAUAGUUUGUUACGAAGAUCUGACGUUAAGUUGCUCGAUGAAAGGCAAUGGUUAAAUGAUAAAAUCAUAGGCUUCAUGUUUGAAUAUUUCGAGUAUGUCCAGUUCGAAAAACUUGAGAAUGCUAUUUUUAUUAAUCCAGACGUAGCUCAGUAUAUUAAAUUAUGCGAAGAAGGAGGAUUGGCAUCUUUCCUUGAGCCAUUAAGCCUCGACAAAAAGAAGAUAAUAUUUCUUCCGGUGAAUAGUAAUACCGUUCCUGAUGCCAUUGGAGGCGAUCAUUGGAGUCUGUUGGUUUAUGAUGCAGAUAAAAACGCUUUCAAACAUUACGACUCCUUAGCAACAAGCAAUCUCGAUGACGCUCGUCAGAUUAGCCGCGCUCUUGAACCUUUUCUAAAAGCCAAAACGAAAAUUGAUUUUACUGACGAACGCUGUCCGCAACAACUAAACACAUACGACUGUGGAAUGUACGUCGUUUGUAUCACAGAAGAAUUGUGCAAGCAGUUGGAAGAUGAUACGAAAUGCGACGCGCAAGUUAGUGUAAGUGGUGACUUUGUUACGCAAAACGAAAGGACAUCAAAAACUCAUUGAUAAUUUAAGAAAAAUUUAAAAAUUCAAGGGUUAUAAAAACUUUGAAUAUUCUUAGAAUUUCAGGGUCACGAAAUAACUUCGAUUAUUUAUAAAAGUAUUGUGUAAAGAAGCAUGUGGUUUCCAUUUGAUGAAAAAUUUGUAUUUAAUUUUCUAUUUAUAUAUGAAUGAACGACCAGAUCAUACUA